AUGAAAAAGUCUAGUCUAGACGCGGCGCAGCUCGGGCCUGCGUGUGCACGUAAGACUUCGGCUUCGAAGUUAAAGGUGCAAAACGGUGCGUUUUGCAUUUCUUUCUCUCAAUCCGCUCAACUGCUCUCACAAUCCUCUCUGUGCGAUUUCUUCCCCAGAGCAACGAACUUGUUUCUCGAGCAUCCCAAGCCAUUUCUCUCCACCAACUCGGCAUCUCUCCCAGCUAUCGAUGUGCGACUUCAUCCCCGACAUAAACCUAGCCGACCAAGCCAUUCCUCUCCACCAACUCGGUGUCUCUCCCAGCUAUCGAAGUGCGACUUCAUCCCCGACAUAAACCUAGUUGUACUUAGAAUAUCAAAUACCCGAAGAAAUCCAAGGCGACUAUUUUUUGGGUGUCCACAGUUCAAUAAAGAGGGAAUACCAUAUUGCAAAUAUUUCAAGUGGGCAGAUAAUCCAGAUGUCAGAGAGAAAGCCAUUGUAACUAGAGAAACAAAAUUAUUAAGGAAAGAUGAAGCGCUUAAAAGCAGAGAAAAAGAGAUUGAGAAGAGGGAGUUCGUACUCCACAACAAUGAAGCCUUGCUUCAGAAGCAAUUAGCUGAUAUGCAGCAUGCACGCAGACUACUUCAUGUCUCUUGGCUGUUCAUCAUAUGUAUUUCAUUGUAUUUGAUGAUCAAAUACAUAGGGACUUUUGUAAUGAUGAAGAACUGGUGUUAGGGUCUUAGCAUUUGUAACUUGAGUAAGGCACCACAUAUGUACUUAAGACUUUAUUUAGUGUUAGUGAUCUUCUAAUCCAUCAUUGGAAAUUAUUGUAUUUGAGAAUGUAUUUAGUUUUGAA